CCCCCGCGCCGGCCGAGCGGUCCGCGGCGGAGGCGGCAGGAGAGCGCGCCUUGGAGCGGCUCAGAGUGCCCGGGCCCCUUGCUCUGCCGCCUCGGAGCCUCGGAGCCCCGCGCUGCGCCCCGAGGUCUCCCGUGCCGUCCGUGCGCCUCCCGCGCCCUUCAAGCCGCAGACCGUCCAGGGCAUCCUCCAGCCCCAGCCCCAGCGGGACCGGGAUGGCCGCAGCCCGCGGCUGAGCUAGCCCGGGGGUGCCCCAUGGGCCGGCCCGCGCCGCGCCCCCUCCGCGGCCGCCCCCUCAGGCCCGGGCCCCCCCAGGCGCCACGGGCCCAGGCGGCCCGAAUGGCGAUCGCGGCGGCAGGGGCAGGGGCUGGGGCCGGCGCGGGUGGCAGGCGCGGCCACCACUGACGGGUAGUCCGGCACCCCAGCAGGCAGCGCCCUCCUGCCUGUUCCAUAUGCCUGUGGGGCCAGCCCCAGACCAGCCUGGUGUGGUCAAGAACCAUUGAGUCUUGCCUUGAGAGAGGCCCAAGUCCCACCCGUCAUGGGACCUCAGUUUCCCCAUCAGUGGACCCCCAGGGGCCAUCUCGGGGAGAGCAGACCCAGCUACCAGCCAUGGAGUUGUCAGUGCUGACGGGGGAAACAGAGGCCAAGGAUGCAGCGCUGGAAGGCAGCGGCCUUGGCCUCGGUGCUCUGCAGCUCUGUGCUCUCCAUCUGGAUGUGUCGGGAUGGCCUGCUCCUCAACCAACGCCUUGGACCCGCAUUAGCCCCGCUGCGCCGGCCACCUCGCACCCUGGAUGCCCGGAUCGCCCGCCUGGCCCAGUACCGUGCACUGUUGCAGGGAGCCCCGGAUGCGGUGGACCUGCGCAAGCUGACGCCGUGGGCAGGGCGGCCCCCGAGUCCCCAUCGCCGAGCGGGACCCCGGCGGCGGCGCGCGCGUGCGCGGUCGGGGACGCGGCCGUGUGGGCUGCGCGAGCUCGAGGUGCGCGUGAGCGAGUUGGGCCUGGGCUACGCGUCGGACGAGACGGUGCUCUUCCGCUACUGCGCAGGCGCGUGCGAAGCGGCCGCGCGCGUCUACGACCUGGGCCUGCGGCGCCUCCGCCAGCGGCGGCGCGUGCGGCGGGAGAGGGUUCGCGCGCAGCCCUGCUGCCGCCCGACGGCCUACGAGGACGAAGUGUCCUUCCUGGACGCGCACAGCCGCUAUCACACGGUGCACGAGCUGUCGGCGCGCGAGUGCGCCUGCGUGUGACCCUACCUCACCGGUCCCGGCCGGACGGCACCCACGGCCGCGCCCGGCAAACCCCGCGACAGACGGCCCAGGCGCUGAAGAUGCCGUCGAGGCCUCGGGACUCUCGCGAUACCUGUACAGAGAUAAAGUGUGGAAAACGGA